ACCUGGAAGUCGUUUUACUUUGCGGUGAGAGCUUUUGCUUUUGAUGAAGAACUUGUAGAGCCCGCCGCGCCCGAGCCGGGGCCUGCCGGCUCAAGCGCGGAAGUAUGCAACGCAGAGCCAGCCGAGCCUGCGAGCAGUGAGCCGGGGCUUGCCGUCUCAGGCAGCCCAGGCGCGCAGCAGGUGUCCGAGUAUGGGCACGCCGGCUUAGGCCGCCCAAGCGCGGAAGUGUGCGACGCAGAGCUAGCCGAGCCUGCAAGCAGUGAGCCAGGCUUGCCGUCUCAGGCGGCCCAGGCGCGCAGCAAGUGUCCGAGCACGGGCGUGCCGGCUGAGGCUGCAAGCAGCGAGCCGGGGCCUACCGACCUCGGCGACCGCGACGGCGCGCAGCAAGUGCCCGAGCACGCGCAGCUGCUGCUGGAAGAUGUCGUGUUGUACUUGAAGUCGGUAGCGCCCGAGGCCAUGUCGGUGUCCAGCGACGGGGUGCUAGAUGAGCUCACCGCCGUGCAAGAGUUGUCACGGCACCCAUUCUGGGGCGGUCUCAGCAGCAUCUGGGACACGCGCGACGGCAGCGCCGCGCCCGGGCAAGUGGUCUUUCGCGCCGGCGGCCUUGCCGACUUGUGUUCGCGGGAGUUCCAGGCAGGCGCCACCUGCGACGAAGGGCCGCUCGCGACCGAGGACGAAGGAUACGAAGAGUUUAUGCUGGCCGUGGCCGCUAUGAGCUUCGCGGUAGUCUCAUGGCUCGCCACGACCCGCGCUUGGACGGCCGAGGUUUGGUUCGUGUGCACGACCGGGAAGCAUCACUCCAUGUUCGUGGCGCAGUGUUGCUUUGCUGUGUUGCGCACGGUGCUGGCCGACGCGCAGCAGCGGGGCCGAGCGCCUCAGAUAGACUUCGUCUGGGCAGCCGCGGAAGCGCAGAAGCGGACGCAGCAGAGGAAGCUCGGCGUGAGUUGCAUGCUUAUCUGCUCCGGCGCCCAGCAGUGCCGGCUCAACGACAUGAUGAAUUUUAUUCAGCUGCUGAGAACGCCUGCAACAGAGUCUUUCACUCAGGUGCGCCUGGUUCCUCGGGAGCAGCGCGAGUCCGACGUCUCAAGGUCUCGGUCCGAUGGCUUGGCGGCUCAGCCGGCCUCAGCCGCAGCUGCGCAGGCCCCGGCCAAAGCCUUCGCGUCCCGAGAGCGGGCGGGCUUGGCGCCUCAGCCGGCCCCCCUUUGA